UUGAAGGUCUUGAUCACUUGAUGCAUUUGCAUCAUUAUUGAAAAAAAACCAUCUAUCCUUGCACAUAUAAUGUUAAGACUAGGAAUUAUAAGUCCUGAAAAUAACAUUUUAUAAACUACUCCUAUAAAUUGUUUCAUAUAUCCGACUUGAACUUUUGAGAUCAAUUAAAUCUUAUUGAUGUGCCUGUAAACUUUUGAGUAUUUACUGAACAGUAAGGAGAGUAUUGAAAGAACCGAAAAGAAUCAAAACCGGCUAAAAAGCAAUUGACCUGAUUUUAUGUGUUCAUUCAUUCUUCCUACAGAUUCAGAACAACAAAUAAUAAUGUCUACUACUCUUGCAACUUCAAUGUCAAUGGUGAACCCAAUUAAUCUACGAAACGGUGUUGUUUCUUUCUUCUUCCGUCACCAUACGUCUAGAUUCUUCUGUAGAUGCUCUCAGAGUAAAUACUCUCAGCUUCCUUCAGAAUUCACUGAUACUUUCUCUAAGAGUAUGCAAAUGGCUGCCCUUAAACCCCAUCAUCGUAUUGCUAUUGGGGUCUCUGGUGGUGCUGAUAGUAUGGCCUUGUGUGCCCUAAUGGCACAUUGGAAGACUUUUUCCAGAAACAGCGGUUAUGACAGCUCUGGCUUUGUUGAGGGCUUACUUGCUAUUAUUGUUGACCAUGGGCUUCGGCCAGAGAGUAAAGAAGAAGCUGAAACAGUUUCUCAUUGGGUUUCUGAUAUGGGAAUCAGGUAUGAGAUUGUGCAUUGUGACUGGCCUGAUGGUCAGCCAAAGGUGGGGCACUUGGAAGAAGAUGCUCGUGAUUUGAGGUACAAAAUAUUCCAAGAUGUUUGCUUGCAGAACCAGAUUGGUGUACUACUUACUGCACACCAUGCUGAUGAUCAGGCUGAAUUGUUUAUCCUGAGGCUGUCUCGCAACAGUGGAGUGCUUGGACUUGCAGGAAUGGCAUCAACAUCUCAGUUAUUUCCCAAAUAUCCUUAUUUUAUUAGCAAUUCUUCAGACAGUCAAGGCAUUCUAUUGGUACGACCACUUAUGGAAUUCAGCAAAGAGGAUCUAUACAAGCAUGGAUAUGCUGUUAUUGACCUGGAAAGUUUAAACCCAUCAGAAAGAGACGACAUCUGCCUGUCGAGGUGUUUAGCCGUAAUCUUGCAGUUUAUCUCGCAGAGGCAUAGGCCAGUACGUGGAAGUGCAUCAAGGCUGCUACUGGAUUAUAUACGAACCGUUCCUUGCAAGACCUCAUUGACAGCAUCUGGUUGUUAUCUCUGCACAGCUCCUCGCACUAAAGGGACAAAAGUUAUUGUCUGUUGCUCAGUUCAAUCCACUAUCCCUGGUAAAAUAGAAUUGAAUUCCACGUGUGUUGGCCAAGGGCGGAAGCAAUGCUUUUUGUACGAUGUCCAGCGAAUCGUGAGUGAUCAAAAAUCUCAGUUGGAACACAUGGUGCCUGACCCUUCACAUGUUUGUUUUUUGGAUGUCGUAUCUCCAAACUCCGUCCUAGAUGAAGCAAGAAGACUCGAAAUGAUUUGCGAGUCAACUUAUGACUCCAUAUUACGAUUACGGAUAACAGAAAGAGUUGUUCCAUUCCAAGUCUGA